AUGAACUGCAAAUCGUGUCGCAAAAGAAAGAUCAAAUGUAGUCGCAUGCGACCAUCCUGCGAGGCAUGCCAAGUGUUCCAGUGUCCUUGCAUUUACGAUGCUGUCCCCAAGAAGCGUGGACCUAAAACGGACGUCCUCGAGGCCCUGUUGAAGCGGGUGGAUGGGCUCGAAGCAAAGCUCAAGGAGAAGAAUGCUGGCGAGCACCCAUCGCACACUGGCCCACGCGCUUCCAAAGCAGCCGGUGAGGAUGAGGGGGCCGAUGUCGCGGAACCAGCUUGCAAGAAGCCCGCCCUCGAAAGCCGCGGCCAGUCUGACGAAAGUGAGCCCCGGCUUCUGAAGAGUCUCGAACCAUGUCUCAGAGACUACCGUGCCGCUUCAGUGGAAACGGAUGCCUUUCUUGACACUUACUUUUCGCGGUUUCACGGAAAGCCGUACUAUAUCUUGGAUGAAUCGUCAACACGCCAACGAAUACAGUCUAAUCAACUCCCGCCUUUUCUAUCUUAUGCAAUUUGGGCCAUUGCAUCAAGGCACACGCCACAUCCAAGAGGACAAGAAGCGGCAGCUCGCCUCAGCGAUGAUUACGCGGAACGAGCAAGGAGAUGCAUUAAUGUCGAUGAGCCUUCGACAGACUGCCUGCAAGGGCUGUUGCUCCUAUCCGUGGCAUUUAUCGCCUCUGGUAAAGACAAGAAAGCGUACAUGUUGAUAACAUCGGCCGUUGGAAUGUCAAUAGCGCUGGAGCUACACCGUGAAAUAGAUGCGCAAGCACAAGUCAGCCCCGUCGACCGGGAACAUCGGAGGCGACUGUUUUGGACAUGUUAUAUCUGCGAUCGAUUCUCGGCCUGCGGCUCGAACCGCUCGCCUCUCAUCAACGACCAUGAUAUUUCACUUCGACUGCCUUCAUGGUGUUUCACAUCGUCGCCCCUCGCCGUGAAUGGAGAGUAUUUCCAGCCGGGCUCGAAUCUUAACUUCUCGCCAAGUAGUGGGAAGAAGGCACAAGGCAGCACAGGCAUCCUCAUCGAUGUCACGCGCAUCUUGGGCAAAACGAACAGAUACCUGGUGGCGGGGGGCGUGAAAGGCGACUCACACUUUCCCUGGCACUCCUUGUCGAGUCUGUCCAAGAUCCGACAAGAGCUGGACUUAUGGGCGUCUGUUGCUGGACCCGUAUUUUCCGACUUGCACGCGCUGUUUCACCGACCCGAAGCGACCAUUGCGUUUCUCAGCAAGCUGCUAUAUCAUCUGAUCCACUGCCUCUUGUAUCGCCCUUUCCUACCCAUUGACCUUGCCGAUCUUGCGGGCCAUGGCCAGCACCAGUCGUGGCAGAUUGAGGCUACCAAGAUGUGUUUUUGGCACGCCAACGCCAUUGGUGAGCUGGCCGAUGCUGCCAGACAGGCGGGCACCGUUGAAUGGCCCGCGAUUGUGGGCUUUUGCAUCAGCACGGCUGCUACAGUGCACCUCCACGGUGCGCAUUACACCAACCCGAGUACCUACGGGGGAGACGUGAGCGUGUUCAGGGCGUCAUCAGACCUGCUCUUUCUUGAAAUACAGCUUUUGAGCGAGCUUCACUUCUCAUGGGCAACCGCGCGGCAUCAGAGCCAGACUUUGCAGGGCAUAUGCAACGCGCACGGGGAGUUGGUCCAGGCCAUGGCUGUCAGUUCUUCUACGCGCCACAGCCCCGUUUUCCACCUCGAGGAUUUCUUUGACAGAUAUUCCAGCAUCGGCGGUCCGGGAGGCAGGUCCUACCGAUUCGACCCAGCACAUCUGAGCAUGUCUGAUGUUGUCCUCAACCUCACUGCCGCUCGCAGUGGCGAUGCCUCGGCAGCCCGCGAAGCCGCUGCUCUCGUCCCCGAGCGACAAGGCCACAAGCGCAAGAGCAGUUGUCCAUAUCAGAGUCUGCCGGACGCAAGGACCUCCGGACAGCGGGGCCAGCCGCAACAGGAAAGCUUGGACCAAGGCCUGGACAGGGAAGACGUGACCUAUCCCGCGGGCGGGAGCUCUGGUCAAGGGAUCAUGUCGCUCAGCGGAACGGGAUUCGGUGGUGGUUUGGGGUACGCGCCGACACCGCGCUCGGAUCCCAACAGCAACAGCGGCAGCAGCAGCAGCAGCAGAAACAAGAGCAAUGGCAGAAGCAAUGCCAGCGAAGCCGAGGCUGGAUACAGUUCCAUGUUUGGCACGACAGCCACAAACGCUUUCAGUAGCCCGGGCAGCUGGCAAGCCGACGACGGCGACCAACAAUAUACAGCGCAAACGUCCAUCAGCUGUAUGCCUUCAAGUCCAGGAGCGAAGAGCAAGAGCGGCAGUGCUGGGACAGGUGCCCGCGAAGAAAAGGACCCCUUUCUCAGCCUACUGGAGCAGGUCGCAGAGGACGAGCAGCGGUUUAGCGGGGCAGGAACCGAUAUCGACUUCUUCCUCGGCGCCGGCCACAGUCUUUUCACAGGGGCCAGAUCACCCAGAAGCUAA